AAAACCAAAAUGUAGAGGGGCCAUGGUGGAAAAAGAUGUUCCCGGCCCCACCCCAUCUUCUUCCUCCUCGCGUCGCGGCGCUUCCCCUCUCCCCACGGCCGGAACCCUAACUCCGGCGAUGGGGAUCUCCGCCGCAGCCAGAGGCAGCGGCGUUGGAUCUUCCGUCCCUGAGGCUCCGGUGUUCCGCCCCACGGAGGAGGAGUUCGGCGACCCCCUGGCGUACGUGGCCCGUAUCCGGCCCCUCGCCGAGCCAUACGGCAUCUGCCGCAUCGUCCCGCCGCCCUCCUGGUCUCCUCCCCCGGCACUCGACGUCUGCACCCUCUCUUUCCCCACAAAGAGGCAGCCCAUCCACCGCCUCCUCGCCCGCCUCGCCCCCGCUGAUCCCGACACCUUCCUCCUCGAUUACCGCCGUUUCCUCCACCGACACCGAGGCCGCAAGAAGCCAAAGCCAAAGUUGCCUGCCCUCUCCGACGGACGCCCGCUCGACCUCUGCCGCCUUUUCCACGCUGUCAAGCGCUUCGGCGGCUACGACGGCGCCUGCGCGGGGAAGCGCUGGGCCGACGUGCUCCGCCUCGUUGAUGACAAGGCGCCGAGGCAUGCCUUCUCCGUCUCCGAGCACGUCAUCGCGCAGCUCUAUUAUGAGCAUCUCUAUCAAUAUGAGCACUUCACAAACAGAUUGCCAUCACAAUCACAUGAUGAUCAACCGCCGGUUUCUGCUUCCUCUGCUAAUAUUAGUAUUAGGCGCCAGAAGAAAAGGCUUAGGAAAACCAGCAACACAAUGGGACACUGUGGAGGCAGCACUAGUGCCAAAACUGCAGCAUCUGCUCCCAAGCAGAAAAGGAGAAAGGUUGAUGCAACGGCUACUGUGGUCAAUGAGGCAAUGGAUCAGGUCUGUGAGCAGUGUAAUAGUGGCUUGCAUGGGGAAGUCAUGCUGCUCUGUGAUCGCUGUGAUAAGGGAUGGCAUCUAUAUUGCUUGUCUCCACCACUCGAGAGUGUGCCUCCGGGAAACUGGUAUUGCUCAGAGUGCAUGAACUCUGAUAGGAAUUGUUUUGGAUUUGUCCACAGGAGGAAGACUUGCCAAGUUGAAACUUUCCGGAAAUUUGAGGAGAGGGUGAGAAAAAGGUGGUUUGGACACAAGAAUCCCAGUCGUGUUCAGGUUGAGAAGCAAUUUUGGGAGAUUGUAGAGGGAAAGGUAGGAGAGCUUGAGGUUAUGUAUGGGAGUGAUUUGGACACUUCAAUUUAUGGAAGUGGGUUUCCUCGCCUUUGUGAUCCCGUGCCAUCGUCGGUGGACCCAGUUAUGUGGCACAAGUAUUGCUCGAGCCCAUGGAAUCUGAAUAAUUUCCCAAACCUACCAGGCUCAGUUCUUCAGACAGUCCGGGAUAACAUUGCUGGUGUAAUGGUCCCUUGGCUCUACAUAGGGAUGCUGUUUUCAUCAUUUUGUUGGCAUGUUGAGGAUCAUUGCUUUUAUUCGAUUAAUUAUUUACAUUGGGGUGAGCCGAAAUGUUGGUAUGGGGUACCUGGAGCAGAAGCAAAUGCUUUUGAGAAGGUUAUGCGCAAUGCUUUGCCUGAUCUAUUUGAUGCACAGCCUGACCUGCUUUUUCACCUUGUCACGAUGCUGAGUCCAUCGAUUUUACAAGCAAAUGGUGUUCCUGUUUAUAGUGUGAUACAGGAACCUGGUAACUUUGUGAUUACUUUUCCUAGGUCAUUCCAUGGUGGUUUCAAUUUUGGUUUAAAUUGUGCUGAGGCUGUAAAUUUUGCUCCUGCCGAUUGGUUACCUCAUGGUGGCAUUGGUGCUGAACUAUAUCGCCUGUACCGUAAAGCACCUGUUUUGUCACAUGAGGAGCUUUUGUAUGUGGUUGCAAAGAACGGCGUGGACAAUGAAUCACUUCCCUACUUACAAGGAGAAAUAGAGAGGCUAUUUGUGAAGGAGAAAAAAUGUCGUGAGGAGCUAUGGAUUACUGGGAUUGUCAAAUCCAAUCUGAUGCCACCGAAGAAUAAUCCAAACUUCAUUGGAAGUGAAGAGGACCCUACAUGCAUUAUUUGUCGCCAGUAUCUGUAUCUCUCUGCUGUUUCUUGUAACUGUAGGCUGUCUUCGUAUGUUUGCCUUGAGCACUGGAAGCACCUUUGUGAAUGCAGUCCAGAGAAACAUCGCUUACUUUACCGCCAUACCCUUGCAGAGUUGGGUGAUUUAGUUUGUGAGGUCUCAAAGGCUAAUCUACCAAGGGAGAAUGUUAAGCAGAACUCCCUUUUACAUAGUGAUGUUUUUUUGCCAACGAGAAAGGACAAAGAUCAGUAUAUGUCAUAUACACAACUUGCAGAAGACUGGCUUUCAAAAGCUGACCAUAUUCUCCAUAUGCCAUUUUUAGAUACUGCAUAUGCCACUGCCUUAGAAGAUGCUGAACAGUUUCUUUGGGGUGAUCAUAAUAUGGAUUCUGUGCGGAAUAUGUCAGCAAAAUUAAUAGAAGGUAGGAAAUGGGCUUCCAGUGUUAGAAAAUGCCUCUCUCAAAUUGAUGGCUUUCUUCAUUGUAAAGAGAAUUGUUCCGAGAAAGUAAAUUAUGUGGAAAUCAAAGAAUUAGCUGCUGUAAGAUGCAAACCAUGUUAUGAACCAAGUCUUGCACAAUUGCAGGUAUAUGUGGACAAAGGAGAAAUAAUGAUUAAUGAGAUAAACAAUGCAUUAUCAUCUCGCUCAAAGGUUGAUUACUUGGAAACACUGUACUCUAGGGCUUUAGAGUUCCCGGUUGAACUAACAGAAACAUCAGCACUGUCUUGUGAGAUUUCUUCCGCAAAGUCCUGGUUGAAGAAAGCAUGUGAUUGCCUUGAACAGAAUAAACGGGGCAUCGUCGACAUAGAUUUCCUAAAUGAACUGAAAUCUGAGAUGGUGUGCCUUCGAGUGUUAGUUCCAGAAAUUAAUCUUGUUUCUGAGCUGUGGAAAGAAGCUGAAGCAUGGAGAAUACGUUGUCGAUCCUACCUCCAAGACCCCCCCAGCCUUAAGGAGUUGGAGAGCUUCCUUCUUGUGGUGGAUGGUGCCAACUUCAGUAUUCCAGAGCUGAACAUUCUGAUGCAACGGUAUUCAGGUGCUUGCUCAUGGGUCAAUCAUGCUAAUAACAUAGUCGGCAAACUUCUUGAAAGGAAUGAUUAUGACAACAUUGUUGAGGAGUUGACUGGCAUUCUGAAGGAUGGAGAAUCACUAGGAGUAAAAGUUGAGGAAUUUUCCGUUGUUGAGGAAGAGCUAAAGAAAUCCUUCUGCAGGAAGCAAGCAUCCGAGGCUCUUGCAACACAAACAUCUAUGGAGGUGGUCAAAGAAGUGCUGAAAGAAGCUUCCAUAUUAACCAUUGAAGAGGAGCAACCAUUUGUUGAUCUGUCCCAUAACCUCAAAGCUGCCAUCACUUGGGAAGAGAAGGCUAGCUUUAUUCUUGAGCACUCAGCUGCUCUCCCUGAGUUUGAAAACCAUAUUCUGUGCUCAGAGAACAUACAUGUUAUCCUUCCAUCUGAACUGGAUAUGAAAGCAGAGGUUGCUACUGCUAAGUUGUGGAUGGACAAAUGUCAGGCCUAUCUGAGGCCUAGAAGUGAUAAACCUGCAUCUGGAGGUUUUCUUAAUGUUGAUGACCUAAAGGAUUUAAUCGGCCAGCCUGCAAGUAUGAAAGUCAUUCUUGACACUUCUGCAAUUAAUUCUGUUCUCAACAAUGUCAUAGAAUGGGAGCAUAAUUCACUAAGUCUGAUACACAGUUCAAGAUCCUUACUGGAUUCAAAUGUAAUCGACUCUACUAUUGAUCCACUUAAAAGAAAACUAGAGGAGCUGCAAGAUAAAAUUAAUGCAGAAAUAGAAAAAGGACUAUCUCUCGGUUUUGAAUUUAAGGUUGUUCAUGAGCUGAAGGAUUCUUUUUUCACACUUGGAUGGAUAUUGAAUGCAUUGUCUUUCUGCGGUGUGACUCCUUUGUUGCAGGAUGCUGAAAAAUUAAUUCAACAAGCUGUCAACCUUCCUGCCUCAUUGUCGGAUUGUUCCUUAGCUGAACUAUUGGUGAGGGGAUCAUCUUGGCUAAGAAAAGCACUUAUGUUUCUUCCUGGUUCAGAAAUGUCUGAAACAUCCAGAUUGUUAAAUGUUGAAAAUAUUUUAGCGGAGUAUAAGGAAAUUGCUGUUCCUUAUCCUAUGAUGAUUGCCAAACUUGAGGAUGCUAUCAACAAGCACAACUUCCUUCCUUCCAGUUCAUGGGCAGAACAAUGCAAUGCCUUCUUCAUGUUUCCUGAUCAUCAAUCUUGGGAUGGACUAUUAAGCUUGAGAGACAGUGGUCAGUCUGUGGCAUUCGAUUGUACUGAGAUGGAUAAGGUGGUUGCUGAGAUUAAAAAGAUCGAGGAGUGGCUUACUCACUGCCACUGUACUCUGUUUCCUGAUGGCAAUAACAGUGAUUCUUUGCUCUCCGCGCUUCUGAAGAUUAGAGGAUCAAUGGACAAUGCUUGUAUGUUAUAUUCCGACUGUAACCAGAAAGGAUUAUGUGCCAUCUGCUCUUGUGAUGUGGGAGAUCAUAUUACCCCUAGAUGUAUGAUAUGUCAAGCGAGGUAUCAUAGCUCCUGUGUCGAACCACUGCCUGCUUCUACACAAGUGACUCGUGAAUGGACCUGUCCUUUUUGCUUUCAUUUAGAAAGUGGGGACCCAUUACAGAAUAGACUACAGGAGAAGAUAUCUAAAGGGAAUCGUCCAGCACUUCCUGCAUUAAUCGGGCUCCGCUCUUUUGCCAAGGGUUUCUAUUCAGGGAUUGAGGAGUUGGAUUUAUUAGAAGAAAUUGCUGAGAAAGCUCAUAAAUUUAAGUCCUACCUUAUGCAAAUAUUGCAUGAUGCAGACUCUUACCAUGGAGAAGAUCUUAGUGUCAUGCACAGAUCUCUUUUGAUUGCUCUAAAGGCAACAUCGGCUGCUGGCUUAUAUGAUCACCAGAUCAGUUGCAGAAUUGAGUCAAUGUUGAGCAGAUAUUCCUGGAAAAAACGAAUACAUAUUCUCUUGUGUGGUGGAAAAAAGAUACCGAUCCAACAAGUACUGAUGCUUGAUAAUGAGGGUUCAAGUUUAGAGAUAUGUGGUGAAGAUUUCUUCAAGUUGGAGAUUAAUAAAAUAAAGGAAACUAGUCUGCAGUGGCUGGCCAAAGCAGAAAAGACUACACUUGAUUCUGGUAAGCUCGCCCUUGACCUUGUGUAUGGACUUAUUAUUGAAGGCGAAAGUCUUACUGUGCAUGUUGAGAAGGAACUGAAGUUACUACGAGACCGCAGUGUUCUAUAUUGCAUUUGCCGUAAGCCAUAUGAUAAUAGGGCCAUGAUCGCAUGUGAUCAAUGUGACGAAUGGUAUCAUUUUGAUUGUAUCAAAUUGCAUGGACCCCCUCCAAAAACAUUCUAUUGCCCUGCAUGCCGUCCUAAUAAUGGCGGAGAGUAUAUAUCACUUCCAUGCUUAGCCCAUGAGGACGAUAGAUCAACGACCGAAGCAGGACCUCACACCCCUCCGGCAUCUUGUGAAGCAGCAGGAAGAGUGGGAGCUAUCCAGUGCAACAGUAGUAGCCAAUGGGAGAAAACACAUGUAAGGGUCGAUUUAAUAAAACUUCUACGUUGUCAUAGCGAAACUGACAGCUCGUGGAGAGAAAGCAAAAGGGUUCUCCAUCGAACAGCUAGAAGACGUAGUAAUUUUUUAGGGCUGUUAUGAUAUUUACAUCAAUCUUCUCUUGUCAGCUUUAGGUAUCUCAUUUUUAACAUGAAAAUUCUUGAGGCAAUUCUUUUAUUAUGAUCUGGUGCUGUCAAUGGAUGUAUUGCGGUUUGAACCUUAAGUACUUUACUAUUAAUCAAAUAUUUGUAGCUUGCCAGAGA